CUAUAUACAAUACAACUUUGCAUGUCUGGUUGCAUAAUUUAAGGUACGUGAAAGAUGUUUUAAACGAAAUGAUGGACGAUUGGUGUGAAGUGAAAUCACCUGAGGCAUUAAUUGUUCUAAAUAAACAUGCUCAAUUUUCUCAUAAAUUUGUUAUAAACACAAUAAUUGCAUAUAAUCUUACAAUUAUGAUGUUUCUUGCUGCUGCUCUUCGAACAUAUUUUAGCGAAUCUGUCGAAAAUAGACUUUUACCAUUAUUAGCAAAAUUUCCUUUUUCUAAUAAAAAUUCUCCAAUUUAUGAAAUUUUAUACAUCAUUCAAUCUUUUCUUCUUCUUUUGGAUGGUAAUAUGUAUUGUUUAACAGAUUCUUCCUAUGUUUCUAUGGUACUACAUGCUUCAACGAAAGCUGAAAUAUUACGAUUAGAAUUGGAUCGAUUUUUAAAUAAUGAUAUCUUAAGAUCAGAGAAAAAAUUUACUAUUAAAAUUUUAAUCAAAAAGCAUCGUCAAACAAUACAAUUUUCGAAAAAGGUUGAGAAAAUCUAUUCUGGACAGUUAUUUUUGCAUUUUGCAUUAGCAACUUUACAACUAUGUUUUCAAGGAUUUAUUUAUUUGAUGACAUUAUCUGAUAAUAAUGGUAUCAGUAGUCUAUUGAAAGAUACAUUCCUGUCAAUGGUUUUGAUUUUUGAACUUGGAAUUUAUUGUGGUUUGGGAGAAUAUCUUCGAUCAAAGAGUUGUUUAAUUGCUGAAUCUGCGUAUUUAAUACCUUGGUAUGAAUUAAAAUCUACUGAAGCAAAAAUGAUAAUGAUAUUCAUUCAAAGGGCACAAAUACCUUUGACUAUAACUGCCGGAAAACUAGCGGUUGCAUCGCAUCGAACUUUCACUAAUAUUAUUAAAACAUCAUUUUCGUACCUAUCAGUUCUACGAGCAUCGCGGGUUUAAUAAAAUUCAAAAAUAUAAUAUUUUAUUCUAUAGAAAACAUUUUUUAAAGUUAUCUUUUUAAGAUAACAUAAAAUUGGAAAAGUAAAUUGUUUUGACAUUUUUCGAUUUUGAAUUUUUUUUACUCUUUUUUGCAUUAUUAAAGGAUACAUUCAUGACGA